AUGUCUGAAGUCGAUAUCGCCGGAGAUCUGCCGAAUGGUGACGAUUCUGCCUUCGUUGACGAGAAUCAUCAUGGUUCGGAAGCUCCGAGAGAGGCAGCAACAGUCAGCGCCUCGUCUCCAGCAACUGCAAUAUCAGCUGAUCAUGUUUUUGUGGCUACCUCUCAAGGGCUCAUUAGUGCCCAGCAGUUCCAGGAGGCCACCGUGGGAGGAAUCAAAACAACCCACAUCGUUAUCCACGACCAGACUUUAGAGCAGUUGGCCGAGGCCGGAGGACUGAAAUCUCCGACAUCUCUCCUGCCGCCCCCAACACCUGCAACCCCUCACAGCAAGGAGAAGGGAUUCCGCUACCAGUGGGACGAUUCUGUUCACAGCGAAGUCUUGCCUGUUAGAUGCAAACAUACAAACGGAGAGUUGUACAAAUCCAAGUUCGGAUCAGGUGGCAGAGGCAAGUGCAUUAAAAGUUCAGACAAUGUGUGGUACACACCGAAUGAGUUUGAGGCAAUGUCGGGACGUGCAAGCAGUAAAGACUGGAAGCGCAGCAUUCGGUAUGGAGGACGAACACUGCAGUGUUUGAUUGAAGACAAUAUUCUGCAUCCUCAUGCCACCUCCUGCACUUGUGCUUCAUGUUGUGAUGAUGAAGCUGUGACAGGGCCCAUUCGGUUGUUUGUGCCUUACAAGCGUAGGAAAAAGGACCUUGAACCUGAACCAGUUUUGUCACCAACCAAGAAGCCACGACUGCCAUCAGUGUCCGUGAAGUCACCAGUAGCUUCACAGAUAGGAAUGGCUGUUCCUAAAUUAGAAAUUGAUCAUACAACCCAAGUGAUGGUGCCAGUUGGUACUGGUUCUGGUGCUAUAGCUACUACAGCGACUGUCCAGAGCCUGUCCUUGCGUCAUGCACCCGAGACUAAAGGGGAGAUGGUGCAUAUAGUGGCUACUGAUGCUCAAGGAAAUUUGGUAGCUGGAGAUGCUGUGGUGAUGACGCCUAUAACAUUAGGUCAAGGUCCUCAGAAACCUGGGAAUCAGAUUAUAACUAUGGAUGUUUUAGAGCAGAAGAACUGGUGGCAGCUGGAGGAGAUGGCCAACAAUCUGUUACAACAAGCUCAGCAGCUGAAAAUAAUGAUAGAACAAGUGAAGCAGCAGAGCCUGAUUGCGAAGGAUGCUGCUUUACAGCAACAGAGGAUGCAGUUGGAGAAAGAAAAACAAGAUGCAGUGAAUGCAGCUCGAAUAGAAGUUCAGAUGAAUCUGUCUCGUGUUGUGAUGGCUGAAAGAUCUCAACGGGACAUUAUGGUCCAGCAAGCUUACUCCAAGGCCAGGGCUGAACUGCAGGAAAAGAUGGACACAGUGACUGUUAUCUCUGAUGACAAGGUUACAUACAAUGUCUCCUGGCCCUCAGGCACUGCAGGAGCUGGCAACAUCACAAUGGUCAUGGCACAAGAAGAUGAAGAGGAGGAUAAAGAAAUGAAAGGAAGAUUAUCGUAG